UGUCUCUGCGAGAGGAAGUUCUGUGUUUCCUGCCGGACGUCUGAGCAGUGCUGGUUGCAGGUUACCGCGUAGUUUCUCUGACAAAAAAAAAAGUAUUGUGCAAAGAAGCAUUUAUAUCGAGGUAUAAGUUUCAGAGGAAAAACAAACGAUCUCAUUGGUUUCUAAGAAGAGUUUGACCAUGACAAUAGUGGUUCUGCGUUUGCAAGGUUUAAACACAGAGGCAGGAUCUGAAGACAUUCGAAGAUUUUUCCAUGGCUUGCACAUACGUGAGGGUGGUGUUCAUAUCACCGGUGGUGAGAUGGGAGAAGCUUUCAUUAUUUUUAAUUCAGAAAGAGAAGGCCAACUAGCCAUGCGCUUAUCUGGAAAACUCCUCAGAGGCUCUUCUGUUUCAUUACAUAUUAGCAGUCUGGCUGAGCUCAAGAGAAAAAUGGAGUCGAGAUUAAAGAAACCAAAGUCCACUGCAGUGGAGACCAAAAUAGUGCCAUCUUCGCCACCUGACACAAACAGAGCUCUUUUGCGAAGUUUAAUGACUGCCAUUCAAGGACUGCAUUCAAAUGAAAAAGUGGAUCAAUGCCAAACGCCUGAAAAUGUUGACCAAAAUGUUCCAGAAACGCAUAAAUGGUCCUCAACUGACAACCAAACAAAUACAGAUGCUCAGCAUAAUCAAACUCAUGACAUGGCAUCUAAGGAGGAGAAAAGCAAAGGAGAAAACCUCAAUUCAUGUAAGCCAGGCUACCUUCGGCUUUAUGGAUUUCCCGACUCUGUUGCCAAGCAAGAGAUCUACCAGUUCCUACUGGGAAUCUCAGUGUUGGAUGUCAUCACGAAAGUUCGAUUGCAACUGGGCUGGUGCUGUCUGGUGAAGCUGGCCAGUUUUGCAGAUGCUGAGGAGGGACUGAAAUACAGCCACAGGAAAUUCAAAGAAUACAAUGUUGAGGUCAGACUUGCUCAUGAGAAGAUGUGGACAGAUGCUGUGGAGCAGUCCAAAAAUUGCAUGCAAAACAUCAAACCUCACACUUUCUCAGAGCAAAGGGAAGUUAACAUGGAAAGGAAUGCAAUGAGAGGUUUCUCAACCAAAAGAAGUGCAGAGGAACAGCCCUCACCUGGAUCUCCCAAAAAAUACUGCCGAAACUUUCCGUCCCCUCACACGGAACUUUGUGUUAUUGUCAAUAAUCUUUCAAAGAAUAUAACCAAGACGGAGAUCAAGAAGAUUUUUGGAUGUUAUGCAAUCCCAAACUAUAGAAUUAAACAUUUAUUAAACAAGUGGGGAGAGAGGACAAGCACAGCAUUCAUUACCUUUGAGCACGCAGAAGACUAUGCCUCAGCUCUGAACAUGAAUGGUACAACUGUUGGCUUAACAAACAUUGAAGUGUCACCCAUAACUAAAGAAGAAAUAUUUGCUAUAAUCCGCAAAAACAGAUGUGCUAAAGUCUGGAGGCCACCACAUUAUGGAAACGCACAUUUAACCAUGUCAUGUGUGUAUGCACGCAACUUUCCUGCAUAUGUCAGGAAGGAAGAGGUGAGAGACUUUUUCAUGCACUUCAACAUCUGUGAAGAUGAAAUCAUAUUGCUUGUGGACAGCCAGGGGAAUGGUGUUGGGGAAGCCAUCGUGCAGUUCGAAUGUGAGGAAAUCGCCAAACAGGCCCAGAGUCUCCAUGGGAAGUAUUUCAUGGGAGCAAAAAUUCUACUCACUUGUAUCACACGACAACAGAGGGAGAAGAUCCUUGGUAAAUGGUGAACAGGAGAUGAAAUGUUCUCAGCACCUUCAGACACCAGCAGUGGUGUAAAUGAGCACAACUAAUUAAUUUGAAGAUCUAGCAAAAGCUUUUUUCAUAACAAAUCUCUUUAUCGUUGAGCUGUACAGAAACUUUUUCAAGCAAUGUGCUCAAGCGACAUUAUGGGUACGACAUUUGAAGAUGCCCAGUAAAGAUUUUGUGUAACACAUGGAAGGAGUAUACCUAAAGAAGAUCUCACAGUUUUUCAUACAGUGGUUGCCAAACCGUUAAGGACUGGUCCAAGUGAAUAAACAAUACCUGUAUACUUUCAACACAAGCUGAAUUACAUUAUAUUGCACUUUUUCCUUGGUUGUAGCUGCUGAACAUGCAGCUUGUUGGCUUAAAUUAAAAACCGAUAUAUCACA